AUGGCGGAUAAAUUUUGUGAACAGAGGGGCCCAAAAAGAGGGCAACAGAAAGUUCUCAAAAUCUUUGACAGUGAAGAUCAGCUCAGUGCUCCAUCAAAGGUGCCUCCUCACAUCUUUGCAAUCUUCACCGCCAACACCACCAAGUGGCAUCCUGUCCAGUCCCAGCCAGACAUCCGCCAACGUUUGUUCUGGAAUGUAACUCAUAAAUAUCAAGGAGACAUCAUUUACGCGAAGGAGCCCAAGUGGCCUUGGAGCAGAGUUGGAUAG